CCACGUGCCUCCGUUCCCAUUAGCAACCGCAGGCUUCUAAACAAUCCGUUUUACCUCCCAUCUUCUGCGGUCCUGCGAAUCUCGGUGAUCUUGGGCUUGGCAAAUCCCUGCCUCACCUCUCUAGCUCCUUUAGGCUCCUGACCCCGCCUGCCGCCAUGGCAGAGUUGGGCCUAAAUGAGCACCACCAAAAUGAAGUUAUUAAUUACAUGCGUUUUGCUCGUUCAAAGAGAGGCUUGAGACUCAAAACUGUAGAUUCCUGCUUCCAAGACCUCAAGGAGAGCAGGCUGGUGGAGGAGACCUUCACUGUGGAUGAAGUGUCUGAAGUUCUGAGCGGGUUGCAGGCUGUGGUGCAUAGCGAGGUGGAGUCGGAGCUCAUCAACACUGCCUACACCAAUGUGCUACUGCUGCGGCAGCUGUUUUCACAGGCUGAGAAGUGGUACCUUAAGCUACAGACAGACAUCUCUGAGCUUGAAAACAGAGAAUUAUUAGAACAAGUUGCAGAAUUUGAAAAAGCAGAAUUUACAUCUUCAAAUAAAAAGCCCAUCGUAGAUAUUACAAAGCCAAAACUUGUUCCACUUAAUGAAAGUGGCACAACAGAACUCCUAAACAAGGAAAUUUUAAGACUUCAAGAAGAGAAUGAGAAAUUGAAGUCAAGGCUGAAGACCAUUGAAAUACAGGCUACAAAUGCAUUGGAUAAGAAGUCAAAACUAGAACAAGCACUACAAGAUUUACAGCUUGAUCAAGGAAAUCAAAAGGAUUUUAUAAAGGCCCAAGACUUGAGUGACUUGGAAAACACAGUUGCUGCUUUAAAGAGUGAGUUUCAGAAGACACUUAAUGACAAAAUGGAAAACCAGAAGUCCCUGGAGGAGAACCUUGCAACAGCCAAGCACGACCUACUCAGGGUCCGGGAGCAGCUGAGCAUGGCUGAAAAGGAAUUAGAGAAGAAAUUUCAACAAACGGCUGCUUAUCGAAACAUGAAAGAGAUUCUCACCAAAAAGAAUGACCAAAUCAAAGACCUGAGGAAAAGACUGGCAAAGUAUGAGUCUGAAGAUUAAAAACGGAAGAUUUCUGGAAACCACCUCAACAUGGACUAAACAGCUGCCUCCCUCCUCAGGCAUGGAUCUUGAAGCAUUUUGCCAUAUCUCCGCUCCCUAUUUUUCUAAUAUUUAGACUUUGUUUCUGAUAUUCUGAACUAGAAUCCCUAUUUUCAGUUGUCCAGUGGAGAAGAAGAAAUGUCAUGGCUCUGGCCGAUUGCCCCCGCACCUCUGCCAGGUGCUCCAGGGCUUAGUUCAAAUACCGUGGGAAACCCUUACAGGAGGAAGAGAUUUUUCGAGUGGGAGGAAGAAUCUUAGCCUUUUGCAUUAGCAUAAAGACUAUAUCUUUUUAAUGAAUUAAAGAAGCUAACAAUGUGUUUAGUUGUGCAUUCCCCAAAGGUAAAAUAAGUAAUAGUUAUUAGUUAUUACAAAUAAACCUUAUUUUUAUUACUGA